AUGAGCGUGCUCGACUGCGGCUGCGGGCCGGGGACGAUAACGCAGGGGAUCGCUCAGAUCGUGGCGCCGGGCAAAGUUAUAGGCUGCGACCUGGAGCCGGGCAUGGUCGAGCGCGCCGCCGCGCUCGCGGAGGGCGCGAACCUCGACAACCUGAGUUUUCAGGUCGGCAACAUCCUUGACCUGCCUUUCGAGGACAACACAUUCGAUGCGGUGCUGUCGUGCGCGGUGACGGAGCAUCUGGGUGAGCCGGUGAAGGCGAUGAGCGAGCUGGGGCGUGUGGUCAAGAGGGGCGGCGUCGUGGGGAUCACGCGCACGGACUGGGCCGCACACAUGAUUGCGCCGUCGUGCGGUGCAGUCAAUCGUUUCUUCGAGCUGUUCGAGAGCGGCUUCAACUUGCAAGGCGGCACGAUGAAUGGCGGGAGGAAUCUCCCUAGCAUGCUGGGCGAGGCGGGUCUGAACGUUGUUGACGUGCUAAUCGCGUUAAGCGGCGCAUAUACACCCGAACCCGGGAAUGCCAUGGUGAACGGCUGGGCAGAGUGGAUAGAGAACCUGCCAUUGUUCGAUCGCGUAAUCGAAGAGGGCUUGACCACGCGGGACGAAUUGGACGCGAUGUGCGCUGAGAUGCGGGAGUGGGGGGCACAGCCGGGGACGAUUGCGGCGACGGGCGGAUGCAGAGUGGUGGCGCGGAAGGAUUGA